CUUUGUUUCUGUGAGUGAGACGCGAUGAUGGAGCAGAGCUGGAGCUCUUACUUAUUCCAGCAGGCUAAUGAAGCCCUUCACCACCAGCACCAUGUGGCCCCAAGCAGCCUGCUGCCACUGCUGAACUCUGAGCCAGAGGACCAGAAGCCUGUGAUGCCCAUUCCUCUGGACCACAAGCCCCCCGUCAGCGCCGCCGAGCUCCUCAAGGACAACGUAGCCAGCGGGACAGGGGGAGGAGGGGGUGGCAAUGCCGGAGGAGGUGGUCCAAUGCCCGUGGUCAAGAAAGAGCACAAGAGCAAGACACCAUUCAUCUGCGGCUACUGCAACAAGGCCUUCCGCGACAGCUACCACCUCCGCCGGCACGAGUCCUGCCACACCGGCAUCAAAAUGGUGUCCAGACCCAAAAAGACGGCGCAAGCGGCACCCACCAUGGUUCCGCUCAUCUCCACCAUGCCUCGUGAGACCACGGGCAACCCUGCCUACAUCUCAACCAUUGCUGGCAUCUUUUCCACGGCGACCACUUCCACGUCCUCCGCCUCUACUGUCAUGUCCCCGAUGUCCAUGUCCAACGUGACCCAACACAGUGCCCCCAAAAAGCCACCCAAGCCCGUAAAGAAGAACCACGGCUGUGAAAUGUGCGGGAAAGCCUUCCGGGACGUUUACCAUCUGAACCGGCACAAGCUGUCACACUCGGAUGAAAAACCAUUCGAGUGUCCUAUAUGCCAACAGCGCUUUAAGAGGAAAGAUCGAAUGACGUACCACGUGCGCUCACACGAUGGAGGCGUCCACAAACCCUACGUCUGUUCUGUGUGCGGAAAGGGAUUCUCGAGGCCUGACCAUCUCAGCUGCCAUGUGAAGCAUGUUCAUUCCUCGGAGAGACCUUUCAAAUGCCAAGUAACGGCCUGUACAUCAGCCUUUGCCACCAAAGACAGACUUCGGUCGCAUAUGAUUCGGCACGAAGGGAAAGUCACUUGUAACGUGUGCGGAAAGAUGCUGAGCGCCGCCUACAUCACCAGCCACUUAAAAACACACGGCCAGAGCAACUAUAACAACGCCUGUAACAAAGGAGAUUGGCAGUGGAACCACUCAGGGCUCCGAAAAGACAACACUGAAGUCUGCAACUCUGCCUCCACUACACCGGUCUCGGCCACAGCCCCAAUCACCACUGCAAUGAACCGUGGCAACAUCAGCAACCCCGUUACAAUAGCAGCCCAGAUGAACAUCUCUACCAACACAGUCAACAUCACGUCUCCCGUCAGCCUGCAGCACCCAGUUACCAUCACCGGCCCUGUGAACAUCGCAUCCGUCAACAUCCCAGCCACAGUGCCCAUGAAUAUCGCCCAUCCGGUGGCCAUCACCACGCCCAUGCCCAUGAACAUCGCCGGCCCGCUCAACAUUGCCAUGAGACCUAUGGACACUAUGCCCUUCCUGUCCCAAGUCUUGCCAUCUUCUCACUGGUAGAACCAGGGGCGCUGACCAGCAUUUUUGCCCUGACUGCUGUGCUUCUGACAUCUGAGUGGCGCGAACAAACCCACCGCGUGGCUACAUUGCAACACUAGCAGAAGAUUUGCACGGAUUUCCAACUCUCUCUGGCCUUCGAGUAUGUUUGCGUUUUGUGCACCUGGUGAGCAGCUCUGUAGCGGGGCAUUUCGCAAGCUCCUCUGAGCACUUCAAACCCCGACGACGGACGUUUUUAAGGACAAAUGCAAUAAUUGAUGUGCAUUUCGAACACUUUUUUUAAUAAGCAGAGUGCCAGUGGGUUCUUCAAUGAUGUUGAAGUGUAACCUGCUAAUCAGUAUUUAAGGAAAUUCGUUUGAAAUGGACUGUUGCUUCCAUUGGGAGGGAGGAUUUUUAAAAUAUCUUUUGCGUUAUUUCGAUUUUGCGCAGGGGUGUGAGUGUGUGUGUGUGCAUUUUUUUGUG